GCCGUAACUGACCGCCCCUCGGCAUCGCCCGUCCAACAGCUCGCUGUGGCGAUCGCUUGACUGCGAGUACUGCACCCUGCCAGACGCGUGCACGCAACCAUGCCAGCAUACCAUUCGUCGUUCAAUGAGGAGCCAGACAUCCGCCAGGUCGGCAACAUGGCCGUCCUGCCCAUCAAGACCAAGUUUCGUGGUCCAGCACCACCAGCGGACUACUCACAAGCCGACGUCAUCGACGAGACCAUCGACCUCUUCCGUGCCAACUCCCUCUUCCGCAACUUCGAGAUCAAGGGCCCCGCCGACCGCCUCCUCAUCGUCCUCAUCCUCUUCGUAUCCGACUGCCUCGCAAAGAUCGGCUCUGCGCGGACGGUUCCAAGCCAGCUAGAGGCCAACAAGAUGCUGAACACGCUAUCCGUGGACAACUUCCCUAUUCCCGGCGAUGCCACCUUCGUUCUGAACGCGCAUUACGCGCCUCCCGCCAGCAGGGCUGAUGCCGAUUACCUGCGACAAUAUUUGGUCCAGGUGCGGCAAGAGCUCGCUGCGCGUCUCGUGGAGAAGCUGUAUGCAGACGGCACGGGAAAGCCCAGCAAGUGGUGGAUGUCGUUCCAGAAGAGGCGCUUCAUGAGCAGGAGCACUUGAGCCAAAGCAAUGGAUCGUGUACGCAUAUCCAAAGAUGUACUCUUUAUUUUAUUAAUCCUCUGGAAACCUACAACUGGCUAACCCU